AUGGAGCCACAGGCGGAAAGCAUGAAGACUAUCAUCAUUGCAAGGUUCGGAAGUCCCGAGUCUUUUGUCAUGAAGGUUAUUCCCAUCCCAGAACCUAAUACUGGUGAAGCCUUGAUCCAAAUCAAGGCCUUCGGAGUAAACCAUGCGGAGAUGCACAUGCAGAAGGGGGAAGGGGCCGAGCGCGGAGAGUUCAAACAAGGGACCCCCGUGGCCAGUCUGAUGGGCGGCCUCGGGCGCAUCAUGAAUGGCAGCUACGCCCAGUUUACAAAGGCGCGGGUGUCCAACACGUGUUUACUUCGGAACCUCAACCUCAUGAGCGGCCAGAGGUUACUGAUCCGUGGGGCAACUUCGGCCUUCGGUCAAGCAGCGUUGUACCUGGCAGUGGACAAGGGAGCACAUGUGUCUGCGACAAGCCGUAACGCUAGUUGCUUCGCUCUUUUACAGUCCCUAGGCGCUGGCAGUACAGCGAUAGAGGGCCCGGAGCUGUCAGCGCGAUUGCCGGAACGCUUCGAUGCUAUUCUGGACCUCGUUGGGAAUAGCACAAUUGUGGAGUCGCUGAACAUGGUGCGUCGGGACGGCAGAGUGCGUUUGGCAGGUUUUCUAGGAGUGCUGGCGCCGAUUCAAGGCUUCAACCCGCUCCUACAGGUGGCCAGUGGAGUGCACUUCAGCUUCUUUGAGAGCUUUGUCUUUGGAACCCCGGGUGUCCCUUGUCAGAUGUUCCCUUGCAAACGAUUGUCAAAGUGAUUGCCGACAAGAAAUUCAAAGCAGAGCCCUCGUGAGUCUUCAAUUUCAAGGAGAUUCAAGAGGCACGUCGUGUGAGGGAGGCGAACGAAGCCUCUGGGAAGAUGGUCGUGAUGAUUGAUAGCGGCUAGUUUCAACGAUCUUGGCAAAAAAUGACCAAAAUGGAAUGAGGCAUCUCUGUCUGUGCUUGUCAUGACAGGUUCUAGAAGCGUAGUACCAUCAAA